AUAUAUAUAUACAUAUAUGUAUAUAUAUACAUAUAUAUAUAUAGAAAGAGCGUGUGCCCAAUAAGAAUCGGCCGAAUUAAUUGAAGUAACCUUUUGCUAGCAUAAGAUGCGCGAAAUUUAAAUGAAAUCGCUGAAUGUGUGAACACUAAAUUGGAAAACGUAACAAAAGUCAAAAUGCCUGCGAUAAAAUUACAGAAAUUGAAUUGCUGGCCGAGGCAACAACAACAUUUGUCUAUUGAUUGGCCAGGAGAAAUUGAAAGGCUCGAGUACAGCUGCUGGCAUUCUGCAACAAAUUAUUUAAAAAGUUAUUGCCGCAUUCAGCGUCAGGGUGUUAAUAACAGUAAAACUUUAUGCUGGCUGACAUUGACUUUGAUUUUAUUGAGCAGACCCAGUGGCAGUGGCACUGUCGUCGUCUCAACAGCAGUUGGCAACCCAGCGAGCUCAGCUGUGGCAGGCGUGGCAGCAUUGGAAAUUGGCACCUGCAAACAGGCUUUGGGCAUGGAAUCCGGGGCCAUUGCGGACUUUCAAAUUACGGCCAGUUCAGCACAUGAUAUGGGCAAUGUGGGCCCACAACAUGCCAGACUCAAGGUGGACAACAAUGGAGGUGCCUGGUGUCCCAAGCAUAUGGUCUCACGGGGUCUCAAGGAAUAUCUGCAAAUUGAUCUGCUGCAGGUGCAUCUGGUGAGCGCCGUUCGAACCCAGGGUCGGUUUGGCAAAGGUCAGGGCCAGGAAUAUACGGAGGCCUAUGUGCUGGAAUACUGGAGACCCGGCUUCGAGAAAUGGCUGCGCUGGAAAACCAUACAGGGCAAAGAGAUACUUCCUGGCAAUAUAAACACCUACAGCGAGGUGGAGAACGUGUUGCAGCCCAGCAUCUUUGCGUCGAAGGUGCGCAUCUAUCCCUACAGCCAAUAUGAUCGCACCGUCUGCCUGCGCGCCGAGAUCGUUGGCUGUGCCUGGGAAGAGGGUAUUGUCGCCUACAGCAUUCCGAAGGGCGUUCAACGCGGCAUGGAAAUCGAUCUCUCCGACAAAACUUAUGAUGGGCAUGAGGAGGGCGAUCGUCUUGUGAAUGGACUUGGCCAGCUUGUCGAUGGGCAACGCGGGAAAGACCAUUUUCGCAUGGAUCUCAAUGGCUUUGGUAAAGGCUAUGAAUGGGUUGGCUGGCGGAACGACACAUUAUUUGGUCGUCCAGUGGAAAUUACAUUUGAAUUCGAAACCGUACGCAAUUUCAGUGCUGUCAUUAUACACACAAACAAUAUGUUCUCCAAGGAUGUGCAAGUGUUUGUGCACGCCAAAGUUUUCUUCAGCAUUGGCGGACGCCAGUUUACCGGGGAGCCAGUUCAGUUCUCCUAUAUGCCCGACCAAGUGCUGGAUCACGCACGCGACGUGACAAUCAAAUUACAUCAUCGCCUGGGGCGUUAUCUGCAGUUGCAUUUGUAUUUCGCCGCCCGCUGGAUGAUGCUCAGCGAGAUUACAUUUAUAUCAGUACCCGUUGUGGGCAAUUUCACAGAUGAGGAGCUGCUCAAUGUGCCGCCUUCAAAUGGGGCCGCUGUGCCAAACACAUCGGAAUAUCCGCUGCAACGCGAUGAGGUAGGUCGUGCAGUCAGCAGCGGUGGCGAGAGGAGUCAACACACCACCCAAGUUAUCUCGCCGAAGCCCAUUGACCAUCAGGAACCAGAAGCGAGUUUCGUUGGCGUCAUAAUCACAGUGCUGGCAACAAUUAUCCUCUUCCUUGUCGCUAUUAUACUUUUGAUAAUAGCUCGCAAUAAGCGCGGACGCGGACGUGGCAACGUUUUGGAUGCAUUUCAGCAUAAUUUCAAUCCGGACACGCUCGGCGGCGUUGAUAAGCGACUGAAUGGCAAUGGCGUCUUGAAGGUGGUCACAACAAUGGAUGACAAUGAGUCGUCCAUUGACAAGAACAGUCUGUACCAUGAGCCCUUCAAUGUGAACAUGUACACGAGCGCGGCCAGUGCUUGCUCCAUGAAUGACCUGCAGCGUCAGCAUGUAACUCCGGACUACACAGAUGUGCCGGACAUUGUGUGCCAGGACUAUGCGGUGCCUCACAUGCAGCAGCUGCUGCCCAAUGCCGCUGGCACCGCCACCGCCCGCAGCUCACUGAAUGCAUCCAUCGUUGCGGCUCCAGUUGUUUCAGCAGCAGCAGCAACAGCAGCAGCAACAGCAGCAGGGGGACCAGGGGCAGCACCACCCGUACCACCGCCACCAGAGAAAUACUACGCAGCAACACCAAUUUGCAGCAAAACAGCGUCUGGACCGCCAGGCUCGCAGAGCAGUGGCUCGUUGAGUUUGAGCUCCUCCAAUACGGCAGCGACCACGCCCACGCCAACGGGCGGCAAACCACAUCAUUACAAUUUGGAUAUGAGCGCUAAUUUCGCCGACAUCAACGCGGAGCAGGCCAAUUGCCAAGUGCAGGAGUUUCCACGCCAGUCCCUGGUAAUCGUCGAGAAGCUCGGCUCUGGUGUAUUUGGUGAACUGCAUUUGUGUGAAACAAAUGUGCUGAACGCCACCCUUGUUGCGGUUGCCACCCUACGUCCUGGUGCUAGUGAUCAUAUGAGAAAGGAGUUUCGCAGCAAGGCCAAGCAGCUGGCGCGUCUCAGCGAUCCGAAUGUGGCACGUUUGGUGGGCGCCUGCCUGCGGGACGAGCCCAUAUGUAUUGUGCAGGACUAUUCAAAUUGUCUUGGUGACUUGAAUCAAUUCCUGCAGGAACAUGUGGCCGAAACGAGCGGGCUGAUGGCCAACAAGAGUCUGAGCUAUGGCUGCUUAGUCUACAUUGCCACACAAAUUGCAUCGGGCAUGAAGCAUUUGGAGCAAAUGAAUUUCGUACAUCGGGAUCUGGCAACAAGAAGUUGCAUCAUUGGACCCGAGCUGAACGUCAAAGUCUGCUCCAUUGGCACUGUGAUAAACCGUUCGGCCUACUCGUCGGACUAUUGCCAGCUGGAGGGCACCACUGGUCGACAGACGCAGCCAAUGCCCAUACGCUGGAUGGCCUGGGAGAGUGUCCUGCUAGCCAAAUUCAGCACCAAAUCGGAUGUUUGGUCCUUUGCCGUUGCCCUCUGGGAAAUAUUGACAUUCGCCCGGGAGCAGCCCUACGAGCACAUGACAGAUGCGAAUGUUAUUGAAAACAUCGGACAUAUCUAUCAGGACGAUAAAAUGCAUGAACUCUUGCCAAUGCCACUCAACUGUCCGCGCGAAAUUUACGAUCUCAUGUGCGAAUGCUGGCAACGCAACGAAUCAAGUCGUCCCAAUUUCCGGGAGAUACAUUUGUUUCUGCAGCGCAAGAAUUUAGGUUUUAAGCCCAACACCCAAACGCUGAUGUAUUAAAUUGUAUUUGUAAAAAACAAAACGAAAAGAAGAAGGAAAAACCCAACAAAAAUAAACAAGAAUUACACGCGAUUUUAGCACACAUUUGAAAUACAUAUAUAUCAAAUAUUAUAUGGCAAAUUUAAAAUAAAAAAAUAAGCCACAAACAAAAAACACACACACACUCAAUGCGUAUUUUACGCAUUUAAAAGAUAAAUGCAAUUAAAAUGAAAUGAUUUGUAAACAAACUGCGGCUUGUCGUAGUGGAAAAUGCCCUCACUAAAACGGUAGUCAAAUGUAUUCCGAGAUCCUUUUGAAAGUGUCCCAGAGAUCAGAAAAAUGAAUACACUCAAAUAAUUUAUAGAACUCAUAGUUGGAAUCCCUAUUCUGAUUUAAAAUAGCAAAUGCUUGAAUGGCUACAUG